AUGACAGAUAAAGACGAAGGAUUUGAUGAUGCCGUUGAAGAAAGAGUUAUCAACGAGGAAUACAAAAUAUGGAAGAAAAACACACCAUUUCUGUACGAUUUGGUUAUGACCCAUGCCCUGGAAUGGCCAAGCUUGACAGCACAGUGGCUCCCUGAUGUCACAAGGUCAGAAGAGCAGAACCACCUGCUGAUUGCCAGUGUACAACUUCCCAAUGAUAACGCACAAUUUGAUGCUUCACAUUAUGACAGUGAGAAAGGAGUUUACAUUUUCCUAAAUAAUGACUCUAGGGCGGACGAAGUGAACAAUAUGCUAAUAGCCAGCAUUCAGCUUCCCAAAGAUAAUUCCACUUUUGACACAUCAGCCUACAAUAGUGAAACAGGAGCACAGAGAUGUUUGGCACACGAUAUCAGAGAUUUCGUCGAUGGCAGAGAAUCUGAAGGUCUUCUGUAG